UCCAUUGCUGAGAGACAAUGCUGUUGCUUUAAAAGAGAAAUCCUAUACAUUUGUUUACUGGACUUAAAGAAGCUUAAUUUCUCAAAAUGGUUGAUGCAUUCUGUGGCACAUGGAAACUAGUCAGCAGUGAAAACUUUGAUGAGUACUUGAAAGCUUUAGGUGUUCCGUUUGCAAUAAGACAAGUUGCAGGUGCGCUUAAACCCACACUCAUCAUCUCAAAACAAGGGGACAUAGUGAUCUGCAAACAACAGAGUACUUUCAAGAACUCUGAGAUCUCCUUUAGACUGGGCGAAGAGUUUGAUGAGACCACUCCAGAUGGCAGGCAAUGUAAGUCCAUUGUGGUUAUGGAUGGCGACCGAUUUGUUCAAGUGCAGAAGUGGAAUGGUAAAGAAACCACCUAUGCCCGGGAGAUGAAGGAUGGAAAGAUGAUUGCAAAACUCACCUGUGAGGGCGUGGUGGCUGUGAGAAGCUAUGAGAAAGCAUAAGUCUGAACAUCUUGACAGGGUGUGCUCCUCUCCACUGGGCAGCAACAGAUGCAAUGUGCUUUAAUAUUUCAUGUAAGACGAAUCUUGCACUCCAUACACCAAAUCUAUCACAGUACGGACAUGUUUGGAUCAUUUUUUUUAUUACUUGUCAUCAAGGCUGAUUUGUGAGCAUGUUAAUCUGUUUAAUAAACAACCAAACAAAAACA